ACAAAAACUCUCAACAUCAUUCAUUCUCAACUACCUCACAUUACACUCAAGACACACUUACUUCCAGCUUUCCACUACCACUACCAGCCCAUCACAUCACUUCACUCACAAUGACUUCCGUUCCUCCCGCUGCUGCUCCUACCGCCGUCCCAGCUGCUAAUGCUGGAGGCGCCGCCUCGUCAGGAUACACCAUCCACGUCGCCGGUCUGGCUCCAGAGACCUCUGAAGAGAAAUUGCACGAUUUCUUCUCAUUCUGCGGCAAGUUGGUUUCUGUCAAGAAGAACGGAAGCACAGCCGACAUCACCUUUGAGAAGCUCAGUGCGAUGAGAACCUCUUUGAUGCUCAACGGCGGAACACUUGAUGGAGCCCACCUCGAGGUCACUUCCACAACCGAGGAGACCAAAUCCUCUGUUCUGCCUACCGAAAGCACCCACGCCGCUACACACGGAGAGAUCUCUCAGGAAGACAAGCCAAAGGCCGCUAUCGUUGCAGAGUACCUUGCUCACGGCUACGUGAUGGGAGACCACGUCAUUCAGCGAGCCAUUGACUUUGACCACGAAAAGGGAAUCUCUAACCGAUUCCUGUCGUUCUUCAACAACCUUGACAAGACUGUUGGCAACAAGGUCGUUGGAGAGGACAAGACUGUCUCAGGAAAGAUCAACGAGGGCGCCGCGGCUGUCGUCGCUAAAACUCGGGAAGUCGACCAGAACCGAGGAGUCAGCGCAAAGUUCCAAGACUACUACAACCGGAUCGUCAGCACACCUGUCGGUCAAAAGGUUCAUGCCUUCUACACCACCACCCAGAAGCAGGUAUUGGAUGUGCACGAGGAGGCCAAGAGGAUUGCCGAGGAGAAGAAGCGUGCUAGCGGAGUCGCUACUCCCUCGGCCACUGCUACUUCCACCACUGAAGCUGCUCCCGUUACCGCUGCCACCACCACUGCUCCGAUCUCUACCACUGCGGCCACUUCGGACCCUAAGGCCUAGAUGAAAGGACUGAAGGUUGCUUGCUUGGCUCACGGUAGAUGAUGAAUGAUAGGAUGGGGACGGAAGGCACUAUUAGCUCCAAAUAAUAGAUUCUAUGAAUGCAGCGAAGACCGUUAUGAGAAGGAA